AUGGUCGCCGUCGUCUUUUCCUCCGCCGUGAGGCCGCUCGGUCCCGCGGCACUCGUCCUACUGGGCGUGGCGCUCUGGCUCUGCGCGAUCUCCGGCGCGAACGCUGAGGAUACCACCUUUUACAAGUCGAGACCGGACAUCUACCCUCCCGUCUUUACAAUCGAAAAAAGCAGUCCCCAGAAGCUGAGUCCCGGGUACUACUUUAUCACGCCCUACGAGGCUAAGAAUCCGGGCCCGUAUAUCUUCGAUAAUGAUGGAGAACUCGUAUGGAGCGGCUGGGGUAACUCGGGACCUGGAAAUGCCCAUGGCAUGCACGUCUGCAAAUAUCAGGGCGCCGACCACCUCUGUUUCUUCCAGGGCAACCAACAGAAGGGCUAUUGUCGCGGUCAUGGCGUGAUCCUCGACAAACAGUACCGCAUCGUACGAUCUGUGCAGCCCGGCGGGGGAAUGGCUUCGAGCGAUAUGCAUGAAUUCCGGCCUGUUGGUGAUGGCAAAACUGCCCUGAUGACCGUGUAUCAGCAGCGCCAAUUCGACAUGACCCCCUGGAACAUCAAAACCGGGGUCGGUUGGUUGAUGGAGAGUAUAUUCCAGGAAGUCGAUGUGGAGACGAGCAAAGUGCUAUUUGAAUGGCAUGCGCUCGACCAUGUCGACCCUUCAAUGAGUUAUACGUGGCCCGCGCACACCGAUACGUCCGGCACGGGAUUGCAUGUCGCCGAGCCCUGGGAUUAUUUCCACAUCAAUUCGAUUGACAAGAAUGCCGACGGUGACUAUCUGGUGUCGUCGCGCCACACCUGCGCUAUCUAUAAGAUCUCCGGCAAGGACGGAAGUGUGAUCUGGAGACUGCAUGGCGCAAACCCAUCGUUCAAGAACAUCAACUUUAGUUUCUCGCAACAACACGACGCACGGUGGCUCUAUGAGAAUGCGACGCAUUCCGUGGUCUCGCUCUACAAUAACGGCUAUAAUGGCUACAACCAGACGCAUACUUAUUCGAGCGGCAUGAUCAUUCUCAUCGAUCAUGUUGAGAAUACCGCCACACAGCUACGGGACUACGGGCCUCCUAGCAAUCGGAUGCUGAGUUCUAGCCAGGGUAAUCUCCAACUCCUGCCGAACCGCAAUGUUGUCAUGGGAUGGGGGAAUAACCCCUAUAUCUCGGAACAUACCGAGGACGGUGAGCUCAUCAUGUGGGCGAGGUUUGCGACGAAUACGGUCAUGAACUACCGCGCUCAGAAGUUCGAAUGGGACGCUGACCCCUCCGAUUCCCCGGCUCUCUGGACUUAUUCUCGCUCCGCCGAUCCUUUUUCCCCUACAACUUUCUAUGUGAGCUGGAAUGGUGCCACGCGCGUGAAGAGCUGGCGGUUCUACGGUGCGGCCAAUAUGACCGGUCCAUAUACGUUUCUGGACGAGGUCGCCAAGAACGGGUUCGAAACCGAAUAUACCAACACGAGUUUCUAUACCUGGACGAAGGCAGAAGCUAUCGAUCGCAAUGGCGAGGUCCUUGCUUCCUCGGCACGCAAAUACACCUUUGUCCCAUCGCCCGAGCUGCGCGAGUUCUGUCAGGACGAGGAGUGUCGGGAUGCGUCGGGAUACGGCUUCCCUGGCGACGACAGCGCCUCGUCUACCAUCCCACCCGCGGGCGUCAACACCGUGCCUUGGAUCGAUCCCGACAACCCAAAUAUUUGGUCGCAGCCAUCGAGCACCCCGCAGAGCAUCUACUCGCACCACAAGAACUGGACCAUGGGCCGCAUGCUCGCCUGGGGCGCCAUGAUUCUUGUGCUAGUUCCCCUUGCGGGCAUCGUCGUAUACGGCCUCCGCUAUUACCAGCGCCGACAGCGGGAAAUGCAGCAACGGUUCGCCGUUCGUCCACACGACGAGUCCGCCGAGCCCUUGAACGGCAUGGCUGAGCGGAAGCCUUUCCCACUGCGGACGGAUAUGCCCUGGUGGAACUGGCGCCGGUGGACCGGGGAGGACGAGCCGCACUACUUCCCGCUGUCGGAGCGGAGUCCCCGGCGGGAGCGGAUGGAAUGA